AUGCCAGCCAGGAAGAGAACUGCAAAUGCGGCGUCGACCAGCAAAAAUGGCGAAUCCCCAUUGAGUCCGCGGUCGGAUGAUCCAGCGUACCAAGAAAAAAGAAAGAAAAAUAAUGAGGCUGUACAGCGCACUCGCGAGAAGACCAAGAAAUCGGCUGAGGAAAGGAAGAAACGCAUCGACGAUUUACGAAAGGAAAACGACUCCUUAAAAGUGCAAAUAGAGCAGGGUGAAAAACAUAUAUCCACACUAAGGGAUCUGAUAAUUCAGGGCGAAAAAACGGAGGACGGACACCGCAUCAUCCAAGAGAUUCUCGCUGGCCCGGAUCCAGAUGACAAUGACUAACGAGGAGCUGCUCCUGAUUUACUUCAUUAUAUUUACCUACUUUUAAGCUGGAUUUAAUAGAAACCUACCAUGUUAGUUUUAACUUUUCAACCAAAUCGGUACAAUUACUCGAAUUCUAUCAUCAUAAGGGGAUGACCUAUGAUCAGAAUUUUCAUUCUUUUCCACACUACCAUGAAGUGUUAAAUGUACAAAUUUAAAAUUAAUUUGGAAAACACAAGGACAAAAAUGUUUAAGUCAUUAAAGUUACUUAAAAUAAAGUUCUAAACUAUCUGUAUGAAUCUA